AUGGCUCGUGACGUAAAAAGGCGCGGAAAGCCGACAUACACAAACCGUCGUAAUCGACAAAAGUAUUUGAAGAAGAAGGAUGGUAAAAAGAAAUUGUCGAAGAGUGCUGUACCAAUCAUCAAAUACACAUGGGACGAGACGAAAACACCAAGAGAGAACGUACGGGAUAUGGGAAUCGCAUUCAAUCCAAAUGAUGCCGUUCCAAUCAAAGAACAGAGAAAAGAGAUCAUUGAUGCAGUCCCAAUCGACGGAGUCAGUAUUGAUGUGCCCAAACCGGCGAAGAAGGUCACUGGAAGAAAGAAGAACGAGAAACAGGCCGCACACAUUAUCUCAAAUUUGGAACAAUCAGUAAAAGAAGAGGAGGAGGCUCGAGCAAAGGAAGGCCGAAAAUUCCGUCUAUUCCAUCGAGAAACCGAACUUUGCGUCUACAUGUUGGCACGUCACGGAGACGAUUUCCAGGCGAUGACACGUGAUGCGAAGAAUCUAUGGCAGUAUACACCGAAGCAGUGGGCAAAGAAGAUUAAGACAUACAAAGAGUCUGAAAUGUGCAAAUUCAUUGAUUCCGUGUAA